GAAGAAACAGAAAACAAACACACAGAAAUAGAGAGAGUUUUGAUUGGUUAGCUAAGAAAAGAGAGAAAACACAGCUUUGGAAAAUGGAUUUGACACGUCCUUCUUCUGCUCAAGAUCAACCAGAGGAACCACUCAAGAUUCACCAUCCAGGUAUACAACACUAGAUUCUAGUUUCAGAAACUUGGGUUUUCAUUUACUUGAUUGAUGGUGUUUCGAAUACAGAGGAAGAAGAGCAUCAUGAGAGCCGAGCAUCUAAAAUGUUCGGGAAAGUAAAGGCAAAAGCUAAGAAGUUGAAGAACAGACUUACUAAACAUAGUGAUGAGCACGAUAACGAUGUCGUGGAUGAAGAAGAAGAAGAAGAUGAAGCUGACGUGCCAGAGCUAGAAAAGCAUCUCUCACCAGUGAAUGAAGUCCCCAAUGUGAGAGGCUAUACAGAAACGAGUAAACCUGAGUCUUUGACUCAUCCCGGAGAAACUACUGUUACAGAGGAGAUCAUUCCUUCAGGGACUAAGGAUUCAACUGAUUACACCAGAACCGCCCAACCUGAACCAUUACGAGAUGCAACUUACGAGGCACCGUCUUAUCCUGUAAGAACAUCAGAUGAGUCGAACAGGGAAGAGAGCAGAGAGACUCAUCACUUGCCACUGAAAACUCCCGUGUCUCUACUCUCUGAAACAGAGGGUGCGACAACUCCUGGUGAAGAUGGACUAUUGGGUGGUCAACGGGAAGUCGACACUGAUAAGCCCAAAAGAUUCGAGGACGAUCUGAGUGGUGAAUCUACUUAUCAGUUCAAGACUCCGUAUCACACCCGAACACAAGGUAGUGGAGAAGAAGAUGAUCAGAAGUCAGGUCUAGGAACUGAGCUGGAGUCCGAAUCUGGAAACGGAAAGGAUUCGCUGGUUAAAGUUGGAGUAGAAUCAGAAACAGAGCUCGUUAAAGAUCUUCCGACAAGAAGCUUCGAAUCAGAAACUGGGCGUAGUGAAGAUUUUCCGGUGAAGGGCCAUGAAUUUGAUCAGAAGUUCGAUCCAAGAAUCAGCAACGAUGGUGAAAAAAUAGAAACUGAGCUCGGUAAAGAUCUUCCGACAAGAAGCUUCGAAUCUGACAUCGGCAACGAGUCGCCGACCGUUUUUGGCGAGAAACAAGAAACUGAGCGUAGCGAAGAUUUUCCGGCGAAGAGCCAUGAAUUUGAUCAGAAGUUUGACUCAAGAAUCAGCAACGAUGGUGAAAAAACAGAAACUGAGCUCGGUAAAGAACUUCCGACAAGAAGCUUCGAAUCUGACAUCCGCCACGAUUCGCCGACCAUUUUUGGCGGGAAACCAGAAACUGAGCGGAGUGAAGACUUUCCGGUGAAGAGCAUCGAUUCAAGAAUCGGCAACGAUGGUGAAAAAACAGAAACUGAGCGGCGUGAAGAUUUUCCGGCGAAGAGCCAUGAAUUUGAACAGACGAUCGGAUCUGGGAUCGGUGAGGACAACGGGGCUGGAAAACAAGGAACUGAGCGGAGGGAAGAUUUUUUGGGGAAAAACUAUGAAUUUGACCAGGAGAUUGAAUCUACCUUCGGAAAAGAUUCACCUACCAGACUUCCCGGAGACGAAAAUUUUCCAACAAGAAGAGAUGAUAUGAAAGUCGAGAUUGGGUUGGGAAGAGAGUUACCGACAGAAACUGAUGAUCACUUCUCACCAGAAUUUUCUGGUCCGAAAGAGAGAGUUGAUUUCGAUUCACAGGCUGAACAGACAAGAUACGAGGCACAAGAGGUAAAACCAACCACCUACUCAGAGAUGAUUGGUUCACCCACCGAGAAAGUUAUAGACACGAAGAAUGCUGCCACUUCAAGUAUAGGCUACUCCAGCGAUAUAUCCGGUGGGCAACACGAGAGUCCCGUCGAGACAGUUGCUGAUGCUGACAACGAAAAGGUCAAAGAAACUGCAUCACCUUUCUCUGGCGGCGGAAGUAAGGCAUAUGAGACAGAACAAGGCGAAGACAAAUUUGUGCCGGCUAGAGAUCAUCUGAAUGAGAAGCUGACUCCUGAAGAAGAAGACGAAGCUUUUUCUGAUAUGGUCGCUGAGAAACUUAAUCUUGGAGGAGAGAAAAAGACAACGGCCGUUGAGAAGAUCCCAUCCGACAAGUUACCGGAGGAGAUAGAAGGCCGUGACGAGGAAGGGAAAGGUGGAGGAGGAAUAGUGGGGACGAUUAAAGGAGUGUACAAUUACUGGGUUGGUGGUACGGAGGAGGUGAAGCCUAAAUCUCCAAAUUCAGUUGAAGAGUCUUCACAACCACUUAGCUCCACCGUUGGUAAAACUAACUCGGACUAAAGGCUUUUCGGAGUCCGGUGAAAGCGGGUUGGGAGAGACAGGCGGUGGUACCGGAGCUGUGCCAGUGCAGAAAGAAAUUUGAGAGUCUUGGAACUGAGAUUUGGGGUUUUCUACUGAAUUAUGUUUGUGUUAGCGUCUCUGUUUGUCAUUUUUCAUGUAUUUUGAUGUAAUGUAAUCUUUGUCUGUGUGUCAAAAAGAUUAAAUAUAUACAUUGGAAUAAGCUCUUCCUUACAUGAUUAGAGCUUUAAAAUGUGCUCUACUCUUGGUUGAUACAAUGGAUGAGUUGAAAAUGCAUAUGUGAUAACUGAUGAAUCUUUAUAUGAACGUGAAAAUGUGUUGCAAA